AUGUCGUACGAGUGGCAGGCCGCGUCCCCAACAGCCGACCCCCACUACGCUCGCGGGCGAGCAGACCCCAUGAUAGACCAUCAAUACUCGGGCCAGAAUAAUGAUGUCUACUAUGGCCAUAGCCGCACUCGAACUACCUCGUCCAAUAUCUUCCCGAUCAUGCCCCCGCCGAUGCCGUCGUAUCCCCCGCCCAGCAACAGCAAUAGCAAUGGGUAUAAUAACGGUUACAACAGCUACAACAAUAACUAUGACAAUAAUUACAACAACAACAACAACAGCAGCAGCAGCAUCAGAAGCAGCAACUACAACAACUACAUGCCUCCGCCGCAAACCUCACCGCUUCCUCCUCUUCAGCCUCAAUCACACCAGCAAAUGCAUCAUCAACAACAUCAUUACCUAAACCAGCCCCAAGGCGCCCCAGCCAUCCAUCAACGCCGCUCGCCCAGCGUCAACACCUUCAGCACCGUCUCCAGCAACGGCGCCAGCGGUGGCGGCAUGGCUCCUCCAGCCGCCUACCGCACGUCUCCCGUGUUCGAUCUGCGUCGCUCCAACGGCAACGGUAACAGCGGAUCCGGCUCACCCCAUCCUUCACAAGGCCUCAGCUACGUCGCCCUGCUGCGCAAACAGAAGGCCACAGUGUGGUGCGAGCGCGCGCAGUUUGAAGAUCCGCGACUUCUGGCCCAGCAACGCGCGGCCAAAAUGCGCGCGCAUCGCGAGGUCGAGGCGCUGGUCGCGGGAACUGCGUCGGGCAGGACGCUGACGGGGCUGAGCAUCGGAGCCGGAGGGGGAAAGAUGAAGAUCCGGCAUCAUGGGAAAACUACUGUUAUGGGGUACUUUCCUGGGGGUAAUAUCAACGGCGUUAGUGGCGUGCCGGUGCGGUUGAGUGCCACUGAGGUUGAGGGAGAGGAUAGCGAAGAAGAGGAUCGGUAUCAUAGGAGAAAUAGCGCCGCUAGCGGCGGGCGAAGGAACAUGACUAUGACGGGGACGUACCGGUCUGGCGGUGCGCGCUGGAGUCCUGCUGAUGGGCCCUCUCGGAGAGGCUCAGUAGUUGAACAGGGCACGGAUAGCAAUAAUAAUAACAACAACAACAGCGCUGGGAACACCACGCCCGGCGCUGAUGCAGGAGGAAAUAAUGACACCGGCGGCAGCGGCAGCAAGGCUAACAGUUUUGCGAGCGGCAGCAGCGCGCUGGCUGCCGAACGUCUCGACAGCGUGCCGGAGCUGGCAUCGAACACGUCUGGUCUGGCUGGAAACAGCGCCAAGCACGCGGUACUGACGCGUGAGAAGAGCGUUAAGAGCAUUGAUGAGCUGCGGAGGAGGGGUAGUGUGGACGAACGGACCAUGACACUUACCCAUGGGAGGUUGUAUAUUGCUAAUCCGGAUUGA